AUGCACAUAAACAUCAAUUCACUCCGAGAUCAUUUCACGCAAGUACGUGAUUUAUUGACGACGCAAAACAUCGAUGUACUAUCGCUGGUCGAGUCAUGGAUGACUCCCAAUCUACCGUCGACAAUGUGCAAUAUACCGGGCUACAAGCUCAUCAGAAACGACCGUGGUUUAUUGGCAACUGCAGCUAAGCGCCGACGCAAGCAUAACCGAAAGCGAAAAUUCAAAUACAUGCAAGGUGGUGGUAUUGCCGUUUAUAUCCGCAAUGGGAUCCCUCAUCGUAUACUGCACGCUCCUCAGAUAGUCACACUGAACGAGACUGAGUGCCUCUGGAUGGAAAUCGGCAGUGGAAAACAGAAGCUGCUCUUUGGAGCUGUCUAUAGAAGACCCGGUGGCUUUUAUUUGAACGAACUGUUCAGCUUCUAUCGCUCGAUGUGUCACCGUGCGUACUGCGGGUCGAUCCUGGCUGGUGACUUCAACGUGGACUUGCUCUCGGACGAGUACGAGACUGCUCAUUAUCGGCACUUGGUCUCGGAGGCUUCGCUUGACAUCGUGCCCUUUGGGGCCACACAUCAUGGCCUCACUUUUGACACCGCCAUUGAUCACAUCAUUGUAGACUCGCUCGAUAAAGUCAUUGCCAGCACCAAGUCCCCGACACCGUUCGCUGCUGCUCACGAUUCCAUCAUGGUCGAAUAUGCGCUCGCUGCACCGUUGCCUCUCUGCAGUGUUGGCAAGUACCGAGAUAGGCGUUGCGUUGCUACACCUGAAUUUGCACUUGAGCUACAAUCUGCUCUCACUUCGGCUCGUGAGAUGUCGGACUUGAACGAGAUGGUCAGUGCUCUUCAGACUGGAAUGGUAGCUACUUUGGACACUUUCGCUCCCUUACGAGCUCGUUCCUCGCGCGCCACAGCGGCCCCGUGGUUCACGCCAGCGCUCCGGGAUAGAUGCAGGUUUCGGGAUGGACUUUAUAAGGCUUACAAGAGAGGUCGGUGUCCGGCUUUGUUGCAGCGGUAUAGAUCACUGCGUCGCGACAUUAAGUGUGACAUAAAACGUGCACGUGAGUCAUAUUUGAUUGGUGGCCUGAGGCGCUGUGAAACGGACUCCCAGAGAUGGUCUUAUUUGCGUCGUAUUGGCCUGUCUGGCCCUCAGCCGCCCUCACCACUCGGCUUCUUCACGGCUGCCAAGCUGCUGGAUCAUUACUGCACUGUGACAACUGCUCAUCCGUGUUGCUCACCUGAACAGUUUGUUCGCAUCACUGAUCUAACUGUUGACGAUGCCAUACCAAGCUUCGAGUUCCGGCCUGUCCAGGAGACGGAGGUCCUGCUUUCACUAACUCAGGUGGCUGGUCGGGCGAGUGCGUGCUCUGGGGAUGGUUUGUCCCUGUCUUAUUUCAGCGACACUCUCUCGCUGCUCGCACCGUCUCUUACUACUAUCUUCAACCUAUCAAUCUCAACCUGUCAGUAUCCGUCGCUUUGGAAAAAAUCAAUCAUCAGGCCGUUAAGCAAGGUGCGUGUGCCUCAAUCACCGUCUCAGACUCGACCGAUCGCCAACUUGGCGCAUCUUGCGAAGGUUUUUGACAAAUUGCUUACGGCACAGCUUACCGAGCAUCUCGAGACCUUCAGUAUGCUUUCACCAAGACAGUCAGGUUUUCGGAAGAAUUUCAGCACGCAAACUGCAUUGAUAAAGAUCACUGAGGAUAUUAGGCGGGGUGUAGAAGAUGGACUCAUCACCAUACUCGUACUCUUUGACUUCCGGAGCGCUUUCGAUACUUUGGACCACGCGACCUUGCUGCGAGCCUUAAAACUGCAGAACUUUUCGUCCACAGCGCUCGCCUUGCUUCACUCUUAUCUGUCGAACCGCUCACAAGCUGUAAUGGAUGACGUGGGUGGCUUGACGGCCUUCAGAGAAUAUACAUCGGGUGUUCCGCAAGGCUCCACACCCGCGCCUAUACUGUUCGCAGCGUACAUUGAUGGGCUUACGCGUGCGCUUCGCCAUUGCACGUCCACGCACAUGCUCUUUGCUGAUGAUCUCCAGAUCUAUUUGCAAUGCCCGUCGAACGAGCUUAAUGAGACCGUGGCAAGGCUCAGCGAGGACGCACAGAUUGUCUCUGAUUGGGCACUCACGAAUGGAUUGAGUCUUAAUGUUGCCAAAACUAAGGCAAUCCUCUUUGCAUCAAAUCAAUAUCUCAUGCGCAUUGACCUCGAUCGUGUUGGGAGAGUUAACCUGAACGGCACCGUCAUACCUUUUGAGGACAGAGUUGUCAAUCUGGGCCUGGUGAUGACCCCCGCACUCUCCUGGGAUGCUCACAUCAGAGGAAUUUCCUCUCGCAUUCAUGGAGUGCUUCAUCGACUGCGUGCUGGGGCUGGCUUUUUGCCCGUCAACGUCAAAGAGAUGCUUAUUAACGCCUUCAUCAUACCUCAUCUUGACUACGCUUGCCUCGCCUUCAUGGACAUCUCUGCCACACUGGAUUUAAAACUCAGACGACUUCUAAACACGUGCAUACGUUACAUCUUCCAGCUCCCUAGAGACGCAGCACUUCAGCCGUACUACGCCAGGCUCGAUUGGCUGCUACCAUCUCAGAGACGCGACUAUUUUUUAAACAUGCAAACGUUCAAGGUGCUCAAUGGAUUAUGCCCAGAAUACAUUUCGAAUCUUUAUCAUUGGACGGGCGUGGAGGUCCGCAGAUCUGCAAGAAUCGCGGGUGGAGCGCCGACGAUAGAGGUGCCGUUUGCGGAUUCCUCCACCUUGAAGUCAGGUUUCUCGAUUAGUGCAGCCAACUCAUGGAAUGCACUUCCUGCUCAGAUACGGUCAUCGGGCUCUCUGGCGUCAUUCAAGAGCCUACUUGGGCAUUACAUGAGGAGACAACAAAAUGCUCAAUAA